UCUAUUUUUAGUGUGGUGGAUCUGUCUUCUCAAGCUGGAAAUUACUGUUCCAGCUCCAGGUGUAGCCAUAGCCUAAGAUAACACAACAAGUGGUGUAACAAUCAGCUGGGAGGAACAAAGGACUGAACAUGAUGGAAAACAUGCAGGCCAGAUAUGUACAUAGAUUGAUGGUUUUGAGAGAACAGCCCAUCUUCACCACCAGAGCACAUGUCUUCCAAAUUGACCCCAGCACCAAGAAGAACUGGGUUCCUGCAAGCAAGCAGGCUGUAACUGUUUCCUACUUCUAUGACAGCACAAGAAACAGCUAUCGGAUUAUCAGUGUGGAUGGAGCCAAGGUGAUUAUAAACAGCACAAUCACACCUAAUAUGACCUUUACGAAAACAUCGCAGAAGUUUGGUCAGUGGGCGGACAGCAGAGCAAACACUGUGUUUGGUUUGGGUUUUUCCUCCGAACAGCAGCUGACAAAGUUUGCAGAGAAAUUCCAGGAUGUAAAAGAAGCUGCCAAACUAGCAAGAGACAGAUCUCAAGAGAAAAUUGAGACCUCUAGCAAUCAUUCCCAAGAAUCUGGACGUGAAACGCCAUCUUUUACUCGGGCAUCCAGCAUAAAUGGAACAGAUGAUGAGAGGGCAUCUCAUGGUGACUCUGCUGAUGCACAUCUGAAAAGUGAGAAUGACAAACUGAAAAUUGCUCUAGCCCAAAGUUCUUCCAGUGUAAAGAAAUGGGAAACAGAACUGCAGACUCUGAGGGAGAGCAAUGCCAGGCUGACCUCUGCACUCCAAGAAUCUGCUGCCAGUGUAGAGCACUGGAAAAAACAGUUUUCAGAAUGCAAGGAAGAGAAUGAUCAACUCAGGAACAAGAUUGAAGAGCUGGAAGAACAAUGCAAUGAAAUAAAUAAAGAGAAGGAAAGAAAUGCACAGCUGAAUAGGCGCCUCCAGGAACUGGAAUCAGAACUUCAAGACAAAGAACUAGAAUUGGAGGAUCUUCGAAAGCAAGGUGAAAUUAUACCCCAGCUAAUGACAGAAUGUGAAUCUGUAUCUCAGAAAUUACAGGCUGCUGAGAAAAAGAACAGAGACCUGGAGGAGAAAGUCAGAACACUAAGGACAGAUGUUGAAGAGAGCAAACAGAGACAGAACAGCCUUAAAACUGAAUUAAAUAAUUUUUUAGACGUACUAGAUGGGAAGAUAGAUGAACUACAUGACUUGCGACAAGGACUGUCUAAACUGGGAAUUGACAACUAGACGGCAACAGAUUUUUGUAAUCUAGGGUCUGAAUGUUUUGGUGUUUUGUUGAUCCCAAAUGUAUGUAUUACAAAAUUUGGCCAGAAUGUUCCACUUGUUGGCAUUGUUUCUGUACAUACAGGCUGAAAAUUUGCUAUGUUUUUUCAAACCAGUUGUGCUGCUUACUGAAUUCUGUUGAGAAGAGAAAUUAUUUAUAUGGCUGCUGUGGGUUUGCGAAGAGGUGGAGGAUUCUGUCUCAGGAAUCUGGAACUAGAUCUACCUUAUAUGAUUAUGCAGUUAGUUGUUGCAGGGAAAUUUAUAACUUUCUUAAGGGCUGUUGCAACCAUAGAAACAGAAAACAAGUAUUUUCUAGUCCUGACUAUCAGAACUCCUGGCAACAUGCAAUUUUAUUUCUUUUGUUGACUGGAGUGGAGUUAAGAUUAGAGAGGGCUUCUGCCAAGUGUAAAUCAGUUGGGUAAAAUGUGUCUGAGUUGAGCUACAGUCAAGCGUAGCGAAUCCCUCUAGGUAGAUAUUAAGAUCCUUAGUAACAAAUCAUUAAAGCCUAAUUCACAGAAAGAAACCAACUGAUUUUAUACUUGUGUGACCUCCGAUGUAGGGUUUACCAUGUAAAUGUACGUGCACAUACAGCACAUAAUCUGCAAAGUUGCAGUCAGUCUCAGCUCUUGUACUUCAAAUAAACCGUACAACAGCUGAUGAGAACUUGUCUCAUUUAACAAGAGCAUCUUUCUCCUCAGCUGUAGCGUUUAAAUUCAUAUAAUUAAUCUUUAUAUCUUUGAAAAAAAAUACUCUCUUCCUGGGACCAGAUAUACAGCAAUAGGGAUAGAUUAUUGUUUCACAUAUAGGUCUAGGUCCUCUAAUUAUCUAUAUAACUUAAUAACUGCUGUGAACAUCCACUGAAGUGAUUUCAGAGAAGUUAAUCUAAAAAAAAAUUAGUUCUUUUCACAGAACCGCUGGGAAUGGUUUUGUAUAAAUGCAAGUUUCUGUUCAAAAGACAUCCAGGGCUGAGGUAGCAUGAAAGCAAAAUACUUUUCUUUGAAGUAUACGUUCCAAUCUCAUGACACAUUAGAAACCAAAUUGCCCAUUUAGAAUGACAAGAAGAAAGGCAUUGCAAAAACACAUUGCAACUUGUAUUUGAUUAUUUAGCAGCUCUAAACACAUUCUGAGUAAAGCAAGAGAAUGCUCGGGAUUCCAGGACCAUGAGAAUAAGAUCAAGCUUACUUCACUACAGGUGGUGACAUAAACAGCAACACUGGUUCAGAAUUCAGUCUAACUCUGCUUUUGUCUCCAUAACUACCUUCAGGGGCUAUUUUAUUUUUUUUAAAGAACUGUUAGAGAAUAGCCUGCUCUGAAGUUAUUCUGAAAUCCCAUGCAAAUCGAAUUAUAGCAAGAAGUUCUGUUUAUGUCCGAUACAUUGAUGGUAUUGCCUCUUUUUUUUAAUCUGGCAAAGGCUACUGAAGUGUGAAAUUAAUGUGUUCUAACAGGAUGGAAUAGAGUGGCCAUGUCACAACAUUCAUUUCACAUAUUACAAAUUAGAUUUCUAAUUCUUAAUAAAGCUAUGAUCAAGGGGGUUUUGGUCAUUUAAAUAAUGUAAGUGAAGAGUAUAUUGAAUACCUUUGCACACAGAUAUAAUAAUCCAGAUGCUGGAAGUCUGUAGAGAGAUACUCUAUCUGCAAUAGUUCUUUUAAUUCUAGAUUGCAUCUAUCACUGAAGUAUUGUCUAUCUAGCCUUGCCUUUUUUGUAUGUGUGCUUUGUAAUCCUUUUAUACAACUGGUAGUAGGAAGCUGGGCUAUUUCACCAUCUGAUGGUCUUUGUUGAAUAGCACCAGUGUUUUGUUGUUUUUUUUUAAAGGCAGGUACUUGGAAACAUAAUAUAGAAUGUAGGCAUGUGAAAAUAAGCUUUCACCAGUGCAGAAUAUCCAAGUGUUACAAAAUGUGGGGUUAGAUAAUGUGAUCCGACUACUCAAAAUUGAAAAUGACAAAGGAAACAGAGUGUGUUUUCUGAACAAAUUAUUUCAGUAUUUAGUUUGCAUCUAAUAUAGUUCACUUUGAAUAAUGAAUCAUCAAAAAGGCAGCUGACCUACUUCUCCUCUACUCCUGUCAUACUCUCAAGGUUAGCAGCACCAGCUGGGAAGCAAGGAAGGAAAACAGUUGUCCGUCACAAACAGUAUAAAUUGCCAGGCUCCCUACUCUAUUACCCAUUAAUGUUUUUACCUCCUUCAUACUUAGAGCCUUACUCAAUCUUCUGUUUUUCUUUCUCUUUUUUCCCCUACUAGCAAGUCUUAGAGCUUGUCAGCAUGAGAGAGUUGUAUUGGUUUAACUUAAGGUGUGAUUUUUAAAAGUAUGUAGUUAAAUGGGUGCAAAGGGCUGUGCAAAAACUCUUAUUUUGGUUUAAUCCAGAUUUAUUUUGGGUUCAUCCAGUGAUUUCAGUUUAGCUUAAACCACUUAGGAAACAGAUUAAAAUAAAUGAAAAAAGCCACUCUUAAACUGAAGUAAGAGGGUCCACACACAGGGUUACAUUGGUUUAACUAAAUUAGUUUUAAAACUGACUUAAGUAAAACCGGUAUAAUUUUCUGAUGUAGACGAGGCCUCACAAAGAAGAAAUAAGGAUAAGAGGAAAGGUGUGGAUGCAGAGUCUAGAAAGAAAAGCAUUUAUUUCUAAACCUGCUACUUGUGCUACACACUUCCAAGCAACCAGGGGAACAAGGCAGAUACCCUUUGAACAAUCUCUGUUCUCUCUCCUAUAGUCAGGACCCCAGUGUUCAUGUUCCUUCCUUCUUUGGCAGGUGUAUUCAGUUCUUAUGUGGUUGAGGCUCUGGAAGAGCUCAGCACACAAUUUGCAGGCUCAGACAUUCUGGCUGCCUCCAUCCUCCACAGGAUUGACAGCCUUGUCUAAUUAAUUUCUGCGCUCCCUUUUUCCUGUAACAAAAUGUAAAUACUGGGUCCUGGGAUUCAGGGCCCUAUUUGUUACCUGUAAGGAAUAUGCAAAUUGGUUUUCUCUUGCCUUUGCCACUCUCUUCUUUUAGAAAUUAGAGGAGAUUAUAAAUGUUGCAGGCUCCCAGUCCACAGGAAGUUAAUACCUCUGUCUCUUGGAUACCUACAGGCAUUUCUUCCUUGAAUCUUGAUCCUGACCAGACAGAUUCUUUCAUUAAGAGUGGCUGAUAUGAACCUAUGUCACAGGGCUGCUGGGAGGGUAAAUCCAUGUUGGUAAAGCACAUUGAGUUCCUAGCAUGAAAAAUGAUAUGAUUGCAAAAUAUUUUAUAAUUGAAGCUCUGUUGCAGCCCAUCACUCAACUUGCAGUGCCAGAUAUGUAAACCUUAUUAGCUCCUCAGGGACUUGGUGUGGCACAAAAAACUCUCCUUUCUUCCCUUCCUCCAACUAACUGUGAGUGCAGGGCCUUGGGAAACCAAGUAUUCUCUUUGUGGGCAAUUCUCAGGCAGUACUAAGGAUCUAGCAUUCAUGCUUUCUCUCACCCACCUUCAUGCUUCUGUAGGUACUGGGCCCUGAGAAUCCAAACCCUCUAUUUCUGCAGUAACAACUGCUGAACUGUCUCUCAAGCUGUAGUUGGUUUUGCCGUUUCCUGUUCUUCAGGAUCAGGUUUUCCCUCCGUUUUCUGCAGUUUCAUUUCUGCCAUGCUGCCUAAACAACCUGGAGAGCUCUGUGGCCUUCCUGCCAUAAGGUCCCUCCUUGACUAUUAAGCCUGUUUGGUCACCAUGAGAGACUUGUGUGUGGUCCUUAACCCAUUAUCUGGUGUCCUUUCAGUGCCUGCCUGCCUCAGACAGGAAUACGUUGCCCAGUCAGUCUUGCAUUCUGGCUUCCUUUCACACAUACACAGCCACUCCUGCUCUCCCUGAUUCUCAGCUCAGUCCAACUUCUAAGCAUCCCUUCCAGUCCUUUGUCCCCAUGCUCAAGUUUGUUUGAGGGAAGGAUGAUUCUGUGACACUGUUCCUGAAGAAUGAACACUUCAUGAAAUGUGAGGGUGACUUCCUGCAUGGGGAACCUGACCAGUGAUUCUUAUUCAGAGCCACCUAAAUCUGGAGGCUACCUUCUGCUGGAAAAUAUUUCCACUGUUAGGGUGCAAGGUGGAUAUUUUGAAGAGACUUCUUGAUCAUAACAAUGCAGUCUUCCCUCAUGUUUUUUUUCAAGACAUUUGCAUCUUGGGAAUGGGGUCUGUUUGACAGAGGCCUAGUCAUAUCUCAACUAUGCCCACUGAGUAUAGUGUAUUCUAUAAAGUUGCAGUGGAAAUAUGUGAGGUCUCUAAGAUGGUGAUCUCUGCUGAUUCCAUGACCUUCCCUUUUAUGCUGUUUAUAAGAAAGUGCUACUUAAUGCUGCAUUUUUUUUUUUAACCAGGGCUGUGCCAUUAGCGUUGGCCCAUCUCUCCUGAUUUUGAUAUCUGCAGAACUCAGGCCCCUCUGUAAAUAGCAAAGUUACUGUCUAUCUCAGUGAGGCCCUUUUUGAUUGCUGAGCUGUAUAUGGGGACAGCCAUGGAAGGUCAAACAAGUUUUUGACUCCAGGGGUGAAUCCUGCUCAAACCGAAUAGAUGUUUGUACCCCCGCCCCUCCAGGGCUCUGAUUUGUUCCAGGAAGAUCCCAAGGUGACCAAAGAAGGAUCAGAGUCCAAACAAUCCUGAAAGCACUAAUUUCAGCCUCCAUGCCUCAGUCUGCAGAUUUGUUUUUGCUUAUUAAUAAUGGUUUACAAACAUGAAUUUUCAGAACCCAUCUGAUGUCAGUUAGUUUUCACUUUGCGCUAGGUCUACGUUGGAGACAUAUAUGGAUUUCCUCAUGUAAGCUUGUACUCACUCUUAGCUUGGAAGAUGUAAAGGUUCAGUUUGUGGAUGUAGGUUUCUCCCCUAAAGUAGCUAAUGGCAGGAAACCUUCUACCUCAAUCACUUGAUCUUGUAUUUGGAGUGUCUUCUUAAUAGCAUCUUGUGCUCAGCAUUCUAAGUGCGAAUGGCUGUCAUUUCCUCUUCCGGAGGUCCUGUGGAGAGUACAUUUGCAUCAGAUCCCUUUCCUGUUAGGUUUCUGUUUAUGGAGCAUUUGAUUUGUAGACUUGACUUUCAGAAUGAUAUUUCAUCAUCAGGAAUGGUCCUCUGUUUAAAGAUGCUAUAUUGGCCUCCUUUGAGACCUGGGAAAAGAGUCUUUCUUUUGUUUUCUGCCAUUGUAGCCUUUUAAAUUGGUAUCUCCUUUGCCAAGUGAUGAAUCCGUGAGUUCGCUGGAAUAGAGCUGCCUUGUCUGUAAGGAUGUCAGAUUUUAUCUCUCACUUUCCUUAUUCAAAAUUUCCUCUUUUUCUUAAUCCUCUUACUCCAGCUAUUCCUAUGCCCAGAAAACAGUCUGGAGAUAGAGGGUUGCUGUGUUUUAUGUAGCGUGGGUAAUGCCUUUUGACUGUGUGUUUAAAAAAAAUAAAUUAUUUUUGAUUCCAUGUCUAAAAUUUGGAAUGAAGCUUCUAAAGCCACUAGUGCUCAGUGGAUUAAAGGCGAUAUGAAGAGUUUCUACAGUUCUUCACUGCUGUGUGUCUGUGAAAUAUUGCCAUUAUUUAUGAAGAGAGAGGACCUAAGCAUUAACUGCUGUACUGUAUUGUGGCAGCUGCUUGCCUUACACUCUUUCCUUUAUUGCUUAAUACCAGCUGAUGCCAAAGCUGAUCUUGGUCAGCAGUCGCUUUGUUGGAUUGAGGUUCACUCACUCAGCAGAUGGGUUUAACAAAUACUUAUUAAGGCAAAACACGGAGUAGUGAUCAGUUAUGAGUAGGAAGCCCAUCAGGACAAUCUCAUCAUUCCAUAUGAUCUUUCCACCCCCAUCAGUACAGCCUUAGUGUUAGUUCACACCAAUCUUUUCUAGCUUUUUAGUUACUUUAUCUUUUCUUAUUCUACAAACAUGAUUGCUCUGCAGUUUCUUACACAUGCACAGCACUGAACAUGAUUAUUCUGCAAUUUCUUACACAUACACAGUUCUGUUUAUGCUUACACCGUUAAAUGUUAUCAGAACAGACUCUUAAAAUCCACAGCAGGCGUCUGUGAGGCCUAAAUAUGCCUUUGCCCCCAACACUCUUGGCUGAUAGUCAAGGUAAGACCAUGUCUGCCUUUUCACACUGCUUCACAAGUUGCACUUAUGGAAUCUUACUGGAUGGAAGGAGGACUGCACAGCAAUGUAAAAUUGUUUAUUAGUAAUUCUUUUCAUUGUGCACAUUCUGUCCAUCUACUCUGCUUUCCUGGCUUUUUGCCCUCAUGACUGUUUUACUGUCUUCACUAUUCAGGGAAAACUGGUGGAACCUGCCUACUUAUUCUCAGAGCCCUAUGUGUUCCAUGAUUCACAACUGUGGAUUUUUUCCCUUGGCUACCAAGUUGUGCUUCAGAAUUCAAGCUCUUUUUUCCUUUAAACUGUUUCUAGCCCUUAUGGUUGCAAAAGUCUUGAAACCAGGAAUGAUUUAUAAACUGAUGCCAUAUUGUCUUCCUGAGUCUGCAGACAGCCUGAAACAAAAGCUCUCCGGAGGCUGAACUGCCCCAUUCGUCUCACUGAGUUGUUAUUGCUGAAUUCUAAAGAUGACAAUUUUAAUGUUAACAUUAACUGUUCCAUUGCUGACUGUCUUAGCAGAAAUGUCAACUAAUGUGAUCUUCCCACAAUCCCAGAAAGUCUUCCAUACCUACUUAUGGGCCCAAAGUCUCAGUUUCCCCCUACUCAGUUGCCAAAACCUCCAACUUUGCCCCUGGUUCUGUGAUGCAGCUAUGAGUUAAAAUACAAAAAUCUUUGGCAUAUCAAAAAACUAAAUGUGAGGACAGAGUAAAAUAAACUGAAUUUAAUAUACACACAAAAAUAAUAUGGGGGAGGGGGUUACUGUACUGAUUAGUACAUUUUCAGUUAGUAAAAAACUGCAGAUAAAAAAUUUAAAUGAAGCUGCUACUAAAUUUGUAGUCUGCUACAACAGAAAUCAUGCAUCGAAAUUUAGGUCCAGCUUGCCAGGCUUUGCUUAUGCUAGUUGUGUUGGCAAUUAUUUUUGCCUCUGCUUCCUAGUAGAUAGGGCUGUUCUAGAAUUUUCUUAUAGGCAUGAUGUAGAGGCUGUAAAACACACAACUACCGCAAUGUAACUUUCUCUGUUAAACAAUCAGCUAAAAUAAGUGUCAAUCACAGCAAUAGCAAGUCACAAGCUAUUGAUCCAAAUCUACCUUAAAAUGGCGAGAACCACCAUUAACUGAUACAGAAAUGAAUUGCACAUUUGCAGAGUCUUGCAACUUGAGGCUUUUGCCCAUAUUUUGUAUUCCUUUUAGGAUAUAAAUUUGACAGUUAUGUGAAAAGUUUGCAUGUCUUAAAUAUUGUACUCUGUAUUCAGUAACAACAUACCUUGAGUGAAAUAUACAGUAAUGAAUGUAUUGCAGAAUUUUAAGAAUGUUUCCCCAAAACCCUGUGUUCUCUUGCAGGCUGAGGAACAGGACUGAUGCUGCUAGAUUAAGAAAUAUUUGCUUAUGUAAUUGGGAUUUUUUGAGCUGUUGAAACAAUUUGACUUUCUACAGUGUUUUGUGUUAGCACUAGUUUUUGAAAAACUGUUUAAACUAAGAAUCCUUUCAGAUGGCAGUACCUAUACAUCCAAAAAAUUUAUAUGCAUGUUUUGAAAUAUUGUUUUUCCCCUUCUGGUCACUUAGUUAAUUAACAAAUUCUGAUGGCACAUAAAACCUAGGCACUCAAGAGAAAAUCUAUCUGCUGUUGUAUUUUCUGUUUUUACCACUGGUCAGCAAUAAUUAUUUUAGCCAUAUACCAGCCAAGAAGACUGAUACUGAAAAAGAAUUGUGAACAGGUCUGCUAAAUGUGCAGCACAUUGAUCAACUAGUGUGGGCUGAAAAUGGAGAUAUGCUCAGUUUAAAAAAAUAUAUAUAUCUUGCAGCAUGUAGAUUUUUUUAUUUUAUUUUCCUAAUAGUGACAAAUACAUAAUCUACUAUAAAACUCAUCUUUAUGAUAGAGCACAUCAUUUUUUAACUCAAAUUUAAAUAUAUCCCUUCCUUGUAGUUAACAAUUAUGGGAGUGUUUUUAGUGUGGUCUACUGUAACAAAAUAUUUAGAACUAUGAUGAGUCUUUAGUAAUAAAGAUAAACACACAACCUGUUUUUACUGUUUCAAGUAAGGUUUAGUGAUUGACUGACAAUUCUAUUGAUAUACAACUGUGGGAAAACACUGCAAUGCUUUAAAUGUGUAUUUUUAUCCCGAUUUCAUAUAUGAUUAAUUGAGAUGAAGUGUUUACUACAGUUUGUUGUAAAAAUGUCUCUGACCUCGUCAUUCUGUCUACUGUGAACAAGUACUUUUUAAAAUCAAAGGUAAAUGGUAAAUGUGAACAUUUGGACUCUCUCCUAGUAGCAGUCAAUGCUGUUUUUUAUAUAUUAAAAUUGAUUUUUCUUUAUGAACUUAUAACUUUGUGGGUUUU